AUGCACUAUUCUACUUCAUCGCCAUCUGGCUUAUGGUACACUUAUCGGCCAGUUGGUCUACUUACGGCCGAGGAUCAGCGAUUCUUGAUGCAGUUCGGUUUUCUUCCACAUCUUUUACAAAUUAGCCGGAUUUCUGCUCCUAACAUUUUAUGCGUUGCCCUCACCAUAUUGUUCGCGAUUGAGACCAUUCAAAAGGUUCGUGCAUGGCGUGGUGAAAAUGCACCAUCAACGCACAUCAUUAACACAUCAAAACCACACAUCGACACUACCCCUAGACACUACGACACGAACAUUCAACUGCCAAAAGAUCAAGGGCCCGAAAUUGCUUAA